GACGCCAUCACGCCGCGAUGACGCUGUGCGACGUCAUCACGUGGCGACGUGCUUUUUCAUUUUGUAAACAAUAGCAGCAGCUGCAGAGUAAAGUGAGGAAAACCAUGGAAAGCCUUGUGAAGGUGCACGGCAGUGGCGGCUAUGACUCCGACUUCAGUGGUGGUGAUGAUGAUGAUGAUGGGCAGGGAGAGUCCUCAGAGAGAGGCCUUAAAAGGAAACGUGAGGAGGAGAUCUUACAGAAGCCAUUCAAGAAAGGUCGCUACUCCCAGAAGGCUCACCGGAGUUUACACUCCAACGAAGUGGACAGAGAGGAAGCCAGGAACAGAAGAGCCCACCUGAUAUCAUUGAAUGCUUUUGAGCGACACAAGAAGUUUGUCGGUGACUACAUACUUUACUAUGGCGGACAGAUGGCCGACUUCAAACGCUCUGCAUCCAAAGACAAAACCGAUCAGGAUGUGCUGCGUGAAAAUCAUCGCUUCCUCUGGACGGACGAGGACGAGGACGACAUGACAUGGGAAAAAGAACUUGCCAAGAAGUAUUACGACAAGCUGUUUAAAGAGUACUGCAUAGCUGACCUGAGCAGAUACAAGGAAAACAAGUUUGGAUUUCGUUGGCGGACUGAGAAUGAAGUCGUUUCUGGCCAAGGUCAGUUCCAGUGUGGAAACAAACGCUGUGAGACGCAGGAAGGCCUAAAAAGCUGGGAGGUGAAUUUUGCCUACGUGGAACACGGCGAGAAGAAAAAUGCAUUGGUCAAACUCAGACUAUGUCCCGAAUGCUCUUUCAAACUCAAUUACCACCACAAGAGGAAAGAGGUAAAAGCGAAGACUAAAAAGGUAUCGCAGGAGAACCAGGAGCCGCCACAGAAGAAGAAAAAGAAGAAGAAGAAGAGGAAGAGAUCGUCUUCACACUCCAAGAAGCACAAACACAGGAGACACAGAGACGGCUCCGCCUCUUCCAGCAGCUCAGGGGAGUCGCAGGACUCGGACAAAGACUCUGAAGCCGGGGAUGAGCCGGAGGGCCAAUCAGAAGGCGACCACUGGCGAGGACCCGCUCCUGCAGUGGAGGAAAAGUCAAGGGAGGAGGAGUUUGACGAGUACUUUGAAGACAUGUUUCUUUGACUCGGCUGGUAUCGGCGGGAACCCCGCUGCGACUACACUUCCUUCUGCGCGCCGCAUGACAUUAAGCAUGUUCUGUUUUUGGAGUCUUGUGUGCACGUAGGUUUCAUUUGAUUAUGUAUUUCAGUGCUGCUGCAGAAAUAAAACAUGAUGUUUAUCCUGCA